CAUAAAGUGUAUGCAUAAUAUUCAAUAUAAAUGGUACAACAUUGAAUUACCACAAGAAGAAUUUUAAAAAUGUACGAUUAUUCAAAGUUUCCAUCGGUGUGCAGAAUUUGUUUCAAAUCAGUGCUUGACUUCAACCUAAACAGCCCUGUGCAAUCCGAUCAGGAUGGUCUCUGCUUAACGUAUGAAGACUUGCUGAAUGAAUUAUCCUUUAUCCCGCCAGAGGAACACGCCAGUGGGUUACCAGCACAUCUAUGUGAGGAAUGCUCCCGUCAGUUGGAUGAUUUCUUAAGUUUGAGGCAGCAAACGACACUGAUUCUUAAAUUCUCCAUUGCUUUACUGGAAGCCAAGGAGAACAAAAACUCACAACCGAUGAUCGAUUUGUUCAAAUAUGAUGGGGAUCAAUUAAGAAGAUAUCUAUGUCGGUUAAAUUUAAUUGACGACAAGGACUUCCCCCUGGAUAAUCUAUUGAACAAUAUAUGUGGUAGCUGCAGAACUGAAACCAACGAUAAAGCAAGUACAGACAACGAUAUUCUGUUUGAAGAAGUUAAAGUUGAUGACAUUGUUACGGAAGUCUUUGACCGGCAAUCAGAUAGUGAAAAUUCAUAUACAGACAUAGCUCAGCAUGAAUCUGAGUCAGGAGGCUAUAAAGAACCCACGAGCAAGAGGAAGAAAACACAAAAAGUUGACCUCAAGCCAAGUAGCAAAAUUAUUCGGAAAGGUGGCCAAAAGUAUAAAUUAUGUUCACUUACUGGUUGUAAUAAAGAGUAUCUAGUUGGGAAUCGAACCGCGUACUUGGAGCAUGAGAAAACUUUUCACCGCUACGCUUGUAACGUUUGUGGAAGAGUUCUAGCUUCACGCACAUCCUUCCGGAACCAUGUUCUACUUCAUGACGGAGACGAAGCCAAGGCCAAAUGUGACUUUUGCGAAAGAACUUUUACCACCAAAGGCAGUAUGAUGGUGCACAUAAGAGAAGUGCACAACAACACUGGAAUACAUUUCAAUUGCCAGUAUUGUGGAAAAGGUUUCAUGGAACAAAAAGAUCUCCAUCUCCAUUUGCACGAACAUAGAGAAUGUAAGCUCUGCGAUGAAACAUUUGCUGAUCUUCCUGGUUGGAUAAACCACACCCGGAAGCAACAUCCAGACACGUUGUUUACAUGUGACCACUGUGAUCAUACUUCGUUGAGUCGUGCUCUUUUGGAUCGCCACAUGCGUAUGAAGCAUUCCGAACGUAGUAACAAUCAAAAGCCACAGCGAUUUACUAUCUAUGCCAUCAACAGUGCUACAUUUUAUCAAUGUCCUCAAUGUAGUCUACAAUUUACCAACGAAGAACUCCUACUGCAGCACAAUGAUCAAGUACACAACCGUUCGCAGGUGGAGAAGCCAGAUCGACCCACGGUUAAGCGGAGAUCUAAAGAGGAGCGAGAAAAAUUUGCUCUCCGAUAUAGUUGUGAUAUCUGCGGUAAAAAGUAUCGAUUUAAAAACUCCCUUUGGUCCCAUAAACACAAGGAACACAACAUGGGCAAUCAGAAGUCCAUAUGUGAUGUUUGCGGUCAAAAUUUCAAACACCAUUCUUACCUAACCGCACACAUAGCUAAUAAACAUGCUACUGAGCUUCCCUACCAAUGCGAACACUGCUCAAAAGCUUACUCCCAAGCCUAUCUACUAAAAGAGCAUCUGAAAUCUCACGCUGCGGAGAAAAAACACAAAUGCCCUCACUGCGACUAUCGCGCCAAGCAAUCCCAUGCAUUGAAAGAUCACAUAAUUCGUAUGCAUACCACUGAGCGACCGGCCAAAUGCAGCGAAUGCGACAAAGCAUUCAUCAACAAUAACGACCUAAAGAAGCACAUGGCCGUUCACAAUGAGGAGAUGCCUUUCCAAUGUGAAGAAUGUGAUCAGGUGUUCCGAAGGAAGAUGGACCUUGGAAGACAUCGGGCUAGGGUUCAUUUGGUAGUUGGUAGCAAACAGCGAAAGGUGCCGGCUAAGGUCAUAAAAGCGGAAGAGCAAUGUACCGUUUGCAAGGCGACGUUUCGCAGAAAAAAUGACUUGACUAAACAUUUAAGUAGAGUUCAUCCAAAUGCACAGACAGAGGUGGACAAAAGGGAAACUUCACAACCGGAGAUACCACCCCAAACAAGCGGGGUCCUUGUGACGGUUGAUUAGGCAAAUAUUUCUGCAUUCUGUUGCAAAAACACAUCUAUAUCUCAAUCCUAGAUGCUCGGAAAAUCUCAACCUAGCAAAUCGAUUUACGAAAAAUCUACUUUAAUUUUUUUUUUGCCAAAACGAAAUCUUUCUUGCAUCGAAUAUAGAGUCACCAGCCU